UUUGGCAGGUCGAGUCGUCGAGUUAAAAUAGACUCGGAGUGACGGACAAUUACAACACGCAGACUGAACUCCGGCCAUCAUAUUCUCACAUAACGUUCAACAGAGCUGAAAUAUUACAUCAAGCUAGCUAACGUUAGCAAACUCAGUUAUUUAGAAGGUGGAUGGAAAUAUUCAGGCUGUAUUUACCUUGGUGCAACCAGAUGUGCAUCCAGUGCAUUUAAGACAUAUUUUAACACAGCCUGGUAUUAGUCCCCCUCCCCCCCCACCCCCUCACACCUGAGCUAAGAUCCAAUUAGAAACACCUGAGCGGCCCUGCAGAGACUUUAACUCUGCUGUCAUUUAUAGCAUCGCUCAUGUGCGUCACGCAGGGAAAAUCCAGAGGGGGGGGGAUGUUUCCUACCAGCUGGAGGGGGCGGGCAGAGGGUGAGACAGACAGACAGACAACAGUUUAAUUUAAAUCAACUUCUGAUGAUUUCUGGGUUUUUUCUCCUCCUGUGUUAUAUAUACAAAACGAAAAGAAUACAAUAGGAAGGAUUCUGCUGCUCGUGUGUUUAAGUCUGUUUCUCUGUUUCAGUCCUCUCAGUGGUUUGAGAGGAGGAUUGUGAGUGUGUGUGAGCGCAUGAUGAGAGGAGGACUGUGGGGGGGGGGAGAAGGAGAGAGGCUUCAUCACUCCGUCCGCCACCGCGGGAUGACCCUGCUCCACCUGGCUGCUGCACAGGGAUACACACACCUGAUACACACUCUGAUCCACUGGAGGAGUCUUAACGGCGACAGUUUGGACCUGGAACAGGAAGUCGAUCCUCUCAACAUCGACCACUUCUCCUGCACCCCGCUGAUGUGGGCAUGUGCUCUGGGCCACCAGCGGGCAGCGGAGCUCCUGUACGGCUGGAACAGUUCUGCUCUGGGGAUCCCUGAUUCGCUGGGACGACUGCCGCUUGCCGUGGCCCGCUCCCGAGGACACACCCGCCUCGCCACAGCUCUGGAGGAGCUGCACACACACAUGAUGCCCAGGGACACGCCGGCCACGCCGCAGUCACAGCUGCCGCCGUCUCCUCUGUCCACCAGCCCGGACACAGGUCUGAGCUCCUCCAGCAGCCUCCCCUCCCCCAGCGACCCCUCCUCCCCCUCUCCGAGCUCCGCCUACUCCAGCGGCCCUGCCCCCAUGGACACCUCCCCCUCGUCUCCUUCUUCCUCCUCUUCCUCGCUGCCGCUCUCCCCUCCCUCCCCCUCCUCCCUCCCUGUGUCCAUGUGGGGGGAGGAGCCGGACGCCGAACUCAGUGCAGGUCACAUUUCUGGCUCCAGAGACUCUCCACUUUACCUCAUGGACUACGAAAGCCCCCCCUCCCCAGCCCACACACACACUUACCCGCACUCACACGCACACACGGCAGGUGGGCGGCGGGCGCACACCGUGCCGACACUGGAGGAGCAGCUGCUGAGCUACAGCGAGAAUGCCGAGAAUGAAGGCGAGGACGAGGAGUACCUAGAGGAGGAAGUUCUGCAGGUCGACAUGGCGACCCUGGCAGAGCAGAUCAUUGACGCUACCCCGGAGCGAAUCAAACAGGAGGACUUCCCCAGGGGGGCGGAGUCCCCGCUCAGAGAGAGGCAGGACAACCCGGCCAUACAGGACACCUGGCUGGCUACCUACCUGGACACGGUCGACACACACACACACUCCCCGCCCAGGCGGGUGUGCCCCCCCUCGCCCCUCAGUGCACUGGCCCUCCAGAGGCUCCGCCCCCCCUCUUCUGCGGCAUGGGCGGAGUUCCUGAAUGCCUCGGCCAAUGGGAAGAUAGAGAGAGACUUCGCCCUGCUGACGCUGACGGACGGAGAGCAGAGGGAGCUUUACGAGGCGGCCAGGAUCAUCCAGAACGCCUUCAGGAGAUACAAGGGUCGGAGGUUAAAGGAGCAGCAGGACGUGGCUGCAGCCGUCAUACAGAGGUGCUACAGGAAGUACAAACAGCUAACAUGGAUAGCUCUGAAGUACGCUCUCUACAAGAAGAUGACCCAGGCGGCCAUCUUGAUCCAGUCCAAGUUCAGGUCGUACUACGAGCAAAAGCGUUUCCAGCAGAGCCGGCGGGCGGCGGUCCUCAUCCAGCAGUACUACCGCAGCUACAAGGAGUACGAGAGGCUGAAACAGGCACCGAGGGGCGCGGCCAGCCACAACCCCAAGAUCAAGGGGUCGUUCUUGACGAAGAAGCAGGACCAGGCAGCGAGGAAGAUCAUGAGGUUCCUGAGGCGCUGCAGACACCGGAUCAAAGAGCUGAAGCAGACGAGGGAGUUGGAGCGGAGAGGACUGACCACCUGAAGCUGCUCCCCCCUCCUCCCCUUGACAGGCAGGGGACACGGAAGGGACUGACGGAGAGACGCCUUACCCCACGCCAACUUCUUCUUCCUUCUUUCAACCUGUCUGUCUGCCUGUCUGCUCUCCUGGCUGAAUGUAGCUGUCUGCAGCUAAAGAGCUCCAUUCAAAAACAUCACGCUGCCCUUUUUUACGAUCGACUGAAAAAUAUUCUGUUUUAAAAAAUGAAAGUAAAGUUUCUGUAGAAAAGUGUUUAAAGUCAGUUUGAGCCUCAAAUCUGCAGAUCUGCUGCUGUUUAUAUUAAAGAGACAGAACAUGAAAGAUAUUAAAGACGUUAAAGACGUUAAAGACGUUAAAGACGUUAAAGACGUUAAAGACUUAAAGACUUAAAGACUUUAAAGACUUUAAAGACGUUA